GAAAUGAUGUUUUGCCCCUCCAGCACCCAGGUGUGCAGCGUUUGGACAGUUUUCAUCUUCUAGAGGACAACGGCGCACCUCUGAGACUCAGCCCCAACACCCUGAGCCAAGAAAGGGUAAAGCAGAAGUUACUGGAGACUGAGAUCAGCUCCAAAAGGAAGGAGUGUGAAGCACUUGAGGCAGAGGUGAAGAAAAAGAAUCAAACAUGUCAGACUUUGGAGAAUGAGCUUCAAGAUUUCCUCCAGGAGAACAAGCACUUGAAUCUCCAGCUGUUCAACAAUAGCCAUAAAACAUUUGACAAUGAGAAGGUGAAGUCUGAGUAUGCCCAGCUCAAAGAGACCCUUGGUGCUGUGACGCAGGAGAGAGAUUUAGCCCUGUGGGAGAGGAACCAGCUCCAAGACAAACUGGAGAAUCUAGAGCAGGUGCUCAAGCAUAUGCGCGAGGCUGCGGAGCGGAGGCAGCAGCUAGAGUUGGAGCAUGAACAGGCCUUGGCUGUACUCAAUGCAAAGCAGCAGGAGAUUGACCUUCUUCAGAAGGCUCAGGUUGAGGCUAAAAAGGAACAUGAAGGCGCUGUCCAUCUGUUAGAGAACCACUUGGACAGCAUGCAGGCCAAAGUUCGUGAGCUGGAGGAAAAAUGUCGGACUCAGAGUGAGCAGUUCAACCUCCUGUCAAAAGAGCUGGAGAAGUUCCGGCUCCAGGCUGGGAAGUUUGAUAUUCUCAGCACUGAACCCUUAACUUUAUGUGAAUCUCCUGGGUCGCCAAACAAAUCUUUGUCACAGCUCCUUAAUGGACUUGCUGCCCCCAUAGGAAAAGGCAAUGAGGGUCCAACAAGCAGAUCUUUGAUAUCAGAGUUCAUCCGACCACUCCAGAUCAGUGGAGACAAGCCCGAGCUCCUCUCUGUCAAGCCAACAUUCCUCACUCGCAGUCGAGCCCGCAGCCCAGCACGGGCUUUCCUCUCUGAGAUGGACAAAGAGCUCAGCUCAACUACCAGGUCUAAACCCAGGUUCACGGGGAAGGUUCGUCUAUGUAUUGCCCGGUACAGUUACAAUCCUUAUGACGGACCUAAUGAGCAUCCUGAGGCAGAGCUUCCACUGGUGGCCGGGAAGUACCUCUACGUUUACGGGACAAUGGAUGAGGAUGGCUUUUACGAAGGAGAGCUGCUGGAUGGACAGCGGGGACUCGUCCCAUCCAAUUUUGUGGAUUUUGUCCAAGAUGAGGAGACAUCCUCCGUCCAACACAGGGACAAAGUAACGAAAGAACCUGGCUACCUCAACCACAGUAGCCUGGGGCUGCAGAGAGUGGGGGUCAGCACAGGAACGGGAACAGGCAUAAGCAGUCGGCUGUCUGACAGUAAACUAGACUGUCUAAGGACCAGCAGCUUGGGCAUGGACCUCCUUGGUUCCUCCAGCAAUGGGACAGGAACCUUGGAUGUCAGCAUUGACGAGGUUGGUGAAGACAUUGUGCCUUAUCCCCGCCGCAUCAACCUGAUCAAACAACUAGCCAAGAGUGUGAUUAUUGGCUGGGAUCCUCCUGUGGUCCCACCAGGCUGGGGCUCCAUCAGUGGCUACAAUGUCUUGGUGGAUAAGGAGGUCCGCAUGAGUGUCCCCUACGGGGGCAGGACAAAGUCUCUUAUUGAAAAGCUCAAUCUGGUCACCAACACCUACCGUAUCUCAGUGCAGAGCAUUACUGACCGUGGCCCGUCGGACGAGCUCCGGUGCACUAUGCUCGUGGGAAAGGAUGUUGUGGUGGCACCUUACUACCUGCGGGUGGACAGCAUCACGCAGAUCUCUGCUGAGCUCUCUUGGAUGCCCAGCAACAGCAACUACAGUCAUAUCAUCUUCCUCAACGGUGCAGAGUACGACAUGGUCAAGGCGGGGGGCUAUAAGUACAAGUUCUUCAACCUGAAGCCCAUGACCGUUUACAAGGUAAAGAUUGUGGCGCAGCCACAUCAGGUGCCUUGGCAGCUUCCGAUGGAUCAAAGGGAGAAGAGGGAAAUCUCUGUGGAGUUCUGCACUCAGCCUGCAGGGCCCCCUCUUCCUCCACAGGAAGUGCAGGUCCAGUGUGGUCAGACGCCCGGGAUCCUGCAGGUCAGAUGGAAGCCUCCGCCUCUGUCGUCUUCAGGAACCUCCAACGGUGCCAGUGUGAUUGGCUAUGCCGUGUGCACAAAGGGACAAAAGAUAGCAGAGGUCUUAUACCCCACAGCAGACUAUGUGACCGUGGAGUUAAACAGGAUUCAGUGCCUGGAGGCCAGGGAAGUCAUUGUAAGGACGUUAUCAACACAAGGAGAGUCCCAGGACUCGCCCGUGGCCAUCAUCCCGCACAAUCUCUUGGGGUCUCCACGCCUCUCCCACCGAACCACUGCACCUCCCCACCCCAUCCCCCACCCGCAGUCCCAUCCGGUACACUCACAAACUCAUCCUCCUUACCCAUCAACGUACCCCCCGAAUCACCCUCAGCCCCAGGUGCAGCCUCUGCCUCGAGUCCAGCCCCACACGCUGCCCCACGCACAACCGCACUCACAGCCCAUCCACCACUCCCCUCCUCAUCCUCAGGCUCAUUUCCAGCGCCACCCCAUGCCCAAGUCCAAACCGUUAGUAAGUGCCAGAGAGCCAGAAACCAAAGAGCAUGCGGCGGGCCUGCAGUCAGCCCAGCCCUGGGAGCGGUCUCCCUCUCCGCUGCCUCCCAUGCGUGGAUCCAACCUGGAGCCGCCACACUUCCAGCCACGGCGAUCGCCCUCUCCUCAGAGGAUCCUACCGCAGCCUCAGGGAGUCCCCAUCCCCAACACCAUCGCCAAGGCCAUGGCCAGAGAAGCUGCCCAGAGAGUGUUUGCAGAGGGCAACCGGGUUGAGAAAAGGAAUAUAUUUAGCGAGCGAGGUAACGUCUUGCAUCCACUCAACUCUGAUGAGGAGGAGGAUGGCUAUGACUCUCCUCAUGCGAGGAGGAGAGGAGCCUCGGUGGACGAAUUCCUCAGAGGCUCAGAGUUGGGCAGACAGCACCAUCAUCACCCUUACAGCCACAGUGAGGAGUACCACACAGAGAGUAGCCGGGGUUCUGACCUGUCCGACAUAAUGGAGGAGGACGAGGAAGAUCUUUACUCGGAGAUGCAGCUAGAGGAGGGCCGCAGGCGCAGUAUCAAUUCUCACAACAGUCUUAAGAUCAUUGGGAACUCAUCAUCACAUGGAGGCGCUGAUCGCAUGGAUCACUCAGGGAGGAGGCUGGUUCACAUCGGCACCCCCCCUCAGCAACGGCCCAUCCCAUCCAUUGACGACUAUGGCGGGCGCAGGCACGGGCGGGGACGGCGCUCCCCAGAUUACUAUGAGGAAUCGGAGCCGGAGGAGAUGACCCGUGUGUUUGUCGCUCUGUUUGACUAUGACCCCAUGUCCAUGUCUCCCAACCCUGACGCUGCUGAUGAGGAGCUGCCAUUCAAGGAAGGCCAGAUUAUCAAGGUGUUCGGGAACAAAGACACGGAUGGCUUCUACAGGGCAGAGGUCCGAGACCGAGUGGGUCUGAUCCCCUGUAACAUGGUCUCUGAGAUCCAAACAGAGGAUGACGAAAUGAUGGACCAGCUCCUCAAACAGGGCUUCCUGCCACUCAACACUCCUGUGGAGAAGUUGGUGAACUGUGACCGUUUCAAAGAUGGCCGCUCAAUAAAUCGCAGGUCCAGAAAGUCCAAGAGAGAGAGGAACAGGCGGAGUGGCCGUCAGCAUCCGAUGUCAACACGGAGAAUGGUGGCUCUGUACGACUACGACCCUCGCGAGAGCUCCCCUAACGUUGAUGUAGAGGCUGAAUUGACUUUCUGUGCCGGUGACGUCAUCACAGUUUUCGGUGAAAUAGAUGAAGAUGGCUUUUACUACGGUGAGCUCAAUGGACACAAGGGACUUGUUCCUUCCAACUUUCUAGAAGAAGUGCCUGAUGAUGUAGAGGUUUUUCUCACUGACUCACCAUCUCGAUACCCCCAGGACACUCCAGCACGGAUAAAGACCAAAAGGGUACAUGCUCCUUCGCAGUACUAGCCCUCUGUCAUCCAUUUACUCUUUUCAGUUCCCGCUAUCUCCUUAGUUUUGUGUCUGUGCGUGUGUGUGCGGGCGUGUCUCUCAUUGAAGUACAAUGGGAUUUCUGACUUUGGAGCAUUACACUGUAAAUAAAUAGAUGUCUAGAAGAUCUAUGAAAAUAAAACUAAGACUAAUAUUUGACAGAGGUAUUUUUAUUUUUCAUGUUUACUGCUGUGAAAGGGGGGACGUUCUGCAUUGUAUAAUACAUGGAUCUAUUGUAUUCAUAAAGCAUUCUCAAUGAGAGUAAAAUGGAGGGGGAGCUCCUGUGACUUUUUACCUGUUCUGUCAUGUCUUGAAAAACAGCAGUUAACACGUUUUGCACAUGCAUAUUUAGCAUUCUAACAGAUGCUUUAUGAAUAUAUUCUGUGUUUGAACUCAAAAAUAAUUUCUAAUAGAGUAAAUAGUUUUGUUGUACUGAAAGAUGAACUAUGUAGUCUGUAGCUCAGCAUGUUCUAUAGUCCAGAUGCAUGAAUUCUUGAACAUUUUAUAUAAAGAUAAGUCUAGUGUAGUAACUUUUGUAUCUGCUCCUGAACGCCUUGUUUUGUAUAUUGCUUUCUUGUAAAGUAGCACGCAAAGGUCACUUAGCCUAUGUUGCAAUCAGAAUAAUUUCAGAAGUAAAUUAUUUACUAAAUGUAAAUAUGUGAUGUUUGUGUUUAACAAAUAAUGCAAUUGUUAAUAUAAAUAGGUGUCAUCAGAUAUUUAUUUCCUUGUGUUCUAAUUUGCCAUUGUCAUAGUGCAAAAUAUUGAAAUGCCAUCACCAUAUAUAUUUUUUUUUAUUUCUUUUCCUCACCCGCUUGGAAAAACAGAAGAAGAGUGUUCAUUUCACACCUUAAAGGCUCUGUUUCCGUCACGUAAGUGAGCAACUGAGGAUACCAAGAUUACGCUCCCCUCGUCUAAUGCAGAUGACAUGGGUACCCUUAGUUUCUGGUAUGAAACAUGUAUACUUUAUAUGACUUUCCUUUAGUGCUGCUAUGCCUUCAGGUAGUUUUAGGAAUCUACUUUGUUCCACCAAAACACUCAAUACUGUGUGCUGGUAGGAGAUAGAAACCCUAGCCAAUGCAUUAGACAAGAAGUAUGGUAUCUUCAGUUGUUUCUCUGAGUGUUGUACAUGACAAUGUCCGUCUCCUGCAAUAAGUCUCCUGCUGUAACUCAUGGUAAGCUAAAAGGCCAUUGAUGUACAAUAACCCUCGAUUAUCAAAAACGUUCAGUUAAAAUUAACGUCUUUCAGUGCAGUAUGACAUGCUGACAUCCUAGAAAGAAAUCCAGAAAACCCACCAAUUCUAUGCAAAAACCCAAAGAAAAGCAUAAAGCUUUAAAAAAGUUCUCAUUUGGUUUUACAGUUCUAAUGUAGCUAGUUGCUUUUUGCUAUUGCAAACUUUGGGACCGGUUUUCUUGUAUUCAAAGAAUAAUGUGAAAUGGUAAAAAGAUAUACAUUUAUGAAAUACAACAAAUGUUUUGGUCAAAUCAUUUAGCAUUUUGGUUUUCAAAUCAGUACUAAUUUAGUGAACCAAGAACUACUGAUUACAUUACCAACUAAUAGUUAUUUAAAGUGAGACUAUGUAACUUUUGCUAAGAAGUGGAAAGUAUGGCUACAAAUGACAAUUAUUGGAUAAUGCUAAGUUGCUACACUAUGUUUUAGCAUCAACAAAAAUGCCAAGUUAUUGUAACAGUAGCACAAGUGGUGAAGAGUCAGUGAACUCACUCAGUAAUGUCCAUUAUACAGCAAUAUUUACGCAAGGUUUGCCAACAAUGUCCACCAUAAGCUACUUGUCAAACCAGACAAGGCUGUAGCAGCAAAGCCCGAGUGAACUGAACUGAGCAAUGGUGCGUUUUGUUUCUUAAGAUUUUAACCUUUAAUUUGUAAUUAGAAGAAUGAUUCAUUUGUUCUCUCAAAAGUUACAUAGUCUGGCUUUAAAAUCAGUAUAAUCAAAUACCAUAUGCUGCACAAUGAUUUUGAUAUGUUACACAUCCUGGUGUUUAAAUUAUAUUAACACACACAUACUAUAUCUAUAAAUAUAGCCUCAUGAAUGGAAUCUUUAACCAUCUGUCUUCCUAAAGUGCAAUUUAAAGGAGCCUUUUAGCUCAUGAUUACAGAAAAGGAGUAGUGACUAGUAGUUUCUCUGUAACUAAGUGUAUCAGUAAAUAUCUACAUAUAUUUAAGAGGAAGGAAAGUGAACGUGAUAUUAAUGUCCUGAAAUGCAAAUGUAUGUUUGUGAGAGAAACUGCCCUGCCUUUGAUAUUCAUUGUUGGGAAAUGUUGUCACCUUUAUGUUGAUGUGGAAGUUAGUCAAUGUCAUGCUUAAAUUCUGUGUUGUUGUAGCUUAUUCAUAGUUUAAAAAAACCCAACUGUUUCUACCUGAGAUGGGGAGGGGUGGAGGGAGGGAGUGUGUAUCGAUACCUGAGUGCACAGGACAUCCAGGGAGGUAGACUUCAAAGCUAUGGUGGCCCUUCUGAGACAGAAAGGACUUAAGAGAAGGAGGGGAGUAGUGACUGAGGUGUGAGAGACCGCUGGCUUUUUAACACCCUCAACUGUCCCUUACGGGUCUCCCAUUAGGUUCCAUUGGAAAAAUCGGGUCCGCCCAGAAGAGCAGCCUCUCCCACAGUGCGUCCACACAUCCCUGGCUCUGGCCCUGCCACCGUGGGGCCCGGGAGUCCCAUCAGGGUCCCGCUGGACAUGUACUCCUCCAAAAAGAAAAAGGGACUGCUCUCCAAAGGGAAGAAACUAUUGCAAAGACUUGGCACUGUAAAAUAAUUUGACAUACUUGGAGAGUCAUCUACUUCUGUCAUGUAAAAAAAAAAAAUACAACAGCAGACAGGUGGCAUUUGUGAGCUUAGCAAAUGCUUUAUUCUUGUACAUCUGUUGUAUACUAGAAUAUUUGUAUUUUGUUAACAGUAUGAACUUCUUUUAUUCAAUAACACAUUUCAUAUUAUGGUCCCGAGACCUAAUGGUGUCGGCCAACGUAGUAUUGAGUAUCUUACCUCCAAGAGGGCCCAGGGCAUUCUCCAUUUUGCACUUGAUCAAGUCUGAUGGCACUUAAUACACCACAUUACAAGUCCGACCAGUGUACAAAAAACUGAAUGUCAUUCAAACGCCGAGGGCUCAGUUAGACCAGUUUGAGUCCGAAGAAAGAGAUGGACUGGAGGGCCUCGACUUGAGCUUGUUCGAAACAGCCUGUCGCAUAAAUAGUAUGAGAGGUCUGCAUGCUUUACUUCAGCACAUUCCCUCUUGACCCCCUCAAGAGUGCAUGCAUUGUGAUGGGCUCAGUAUGGAACCUAGAGCAGUACUUUAACACAGCGUGGCUGACUUGCUGUGCAGUAUUACUGUGUCAAAUCAGCAAAAUUAACUCCUACUCUUCUGCCCUAUCUCAACACCUGAUAGAGGCAAGAGCCCCCCCCAUCACCACAACAAACAUUUCACACUUACUAUACUAAAUAAGCACAUACUGUACCUGCAACAGGGUCUCUGCAGUAAAAUCAGCCUGAAUGGAAAUGCCUAGUAGAUCCAACCUCCAUGUAUUUUGCCUUAUAAUCGCACAAUGGUAAAUACUAUGUCCAGUAGAGCAUGCAGUUCCAUGCCUACUAUUCAUUUGUUGUUACUUCAUAAAACCAGAAAUGUUUGCAGUUGUUAAUCCUGACUUGUGAUGUGCAGGGUAUUGUAUGACUGUCGUGAUUUCCGUAAGACCAGAGCUUACAAACAUCUGUCCAAGACUCCUGUGUUGACAAAAUCAUGCAUAUUCAUGUCCCCAAAAUAUUUUUAUUUUAGAAGUAUAUCUUGGAAAAUAGAUGACUAGGACAAAAAUUCUCCCUGUACUGUUUGGGGCUACGGAGUAAAAUAAAGGGAUUUUAUUUUUUACUUGAGUUCACUGUUUUUGAUGCCACACAGAUGCACAUGAUUUAAAACAAUGAAUAUUCUACAAAGAAAAAUAUUACAUGAACAGAUUAAAGAACAAAUAGAAGUAGUUACUGUGUGAUAUCAGCAAAUUCAGCCCUUUUAUUGUUCACAGUGAGACACAAGGCUACCUCUACCCUUCUAACCCAAAAUCUUAGAUCUGAAAUGUUUAUUCAAGCCAAUCUGUCAUCAAUGCCUGUUUAGUGUGUCCCAAGUUAUGUUGGUGCAGGAUACAAGUACUGUAUAUCUGUGUGUAUCUAUAUAUCUACACCUUAAUGUAGAGUAGUGAAUGUAUGAUGAAUUGAAAGCCAAUGUAUUUUCAAAGCUGCCCAAAAGGAUUGUGCAGAUGUCCGUCUUUGUGCGUGAAAUGAGACAGUCCACCUUUUAUUUCCUCACACCAUUCUGUUUUCCAUUUCAUCCUCAUGUAUCUUGAGAUCUAGCCUAUUUUUUCUAUAUACACACACACACACACACACACACACACACACACACACAAGAGUUAAACUGAAACUGCCAAAAAAGAAUGUAUGCAAAACAUUCUGUAAUACUUUCUGUACAAUUCUCGGCCGAACAGCCAUGUUAACCUAUGGUUAACUGUAAACUGUACAUCUUUUCCUAUUUCUGGACCAUGUCUUCAGACAUUGCUUCUAUUCAUUUCGAGUGACUGUUGCUCUUUUUGUACUUUGUCCAUUUGUAAAAUUGUUUUUAAAUGUUUAUACUUGAUUUUCAAACUGCCUUUUUUGUACAUUAACUUUAUAAUCAAACAGUGCAAGCUUUCCCCAUGGUGUCUUGGAAGACCAUAUUGUUUAAAAGUCUGCAAUUGUGUGCUAGCUUUAUGAUAAGAAUUAUCAGCCUAUAUUGAUGGUUACAAAUUAUUGUGUGGGUGUGCAUGUGCAAUCUUUUCUAUAUAAAAAAAAUAAAUUUGAUAUUUUGUAAUGGUUGCAUGUGUGACUUAACUUAAACCCCAGGAAUAACAUACUGCUCAAAGAAAUGUUUAAUGAGCCAUCUCAAAACAACAGGGGGAGGGGGGGGAGCAUGAAAAACAUGUAGUCUUUUAUAUAUGUGAAUUCACAAACUCUCAACAUCUUCACCCACAUGACCUUUCAAACUUUAAGUGCAUUUCCAACAAUAGUCAGGGUGCAUAUUGAUAUUUUAUCAUGUGCGCUUGUAUUUGACCUCUGAAAAAGUGAGUUUGUCUUUUCAUUAAACUCCAAUAUGCAAUAUAAACCUCUUAAACUGCCUAACUCAACACACAAG